AUGUCGUCGCCCUCUACCGUCUACUUCAUUUCUGGCGCCGGUCGCGGUAUCGGUCUCGGCCUCGUCAAGUCGUUCGCCGCACGUUCCGACAGCCUCGUCUUUGCUGGCGCUCGUGCGCCCGAGAAGGCCGACGCGCUCAACGAGCUCGCCAAGGCGACUGGCGGGCGCGUCGUCGUCGUCAAGCUCGAUGCUGGCUCGGACGAGGACCACAAGGCGGCUGUCGAGCUCGUCAAGCAGCAGGACGGUCGGGUCGACGUCGUCAUUGCCAACGCCGGUAUCGCCGAGGGUCCUGCUCUCACGGCGACCGGACCGCCCGAGGCGUACUCGAAGCACUUUGCGACAAACGUCGUCGGCCCGCUGCGGCUCUUCCAGGCGCUCCUACCGCUCCUCCAGGCCUCGUCCAAGCCUCAGUUCCUCGCCAUGUCGUCCGCCGUCGGGUCCAACACGCUCAACCUGGCGAUGCCCAACGACCCGUACGGCGUCUCCAAGGCGGCGCUCAACUUCCUCGUGACCAAGAUCGCGAGCGAGCACGGCGAGGCCGACAACCUGACGGCGUGGGUCACGCACCCGGGCCUCGUCGCGACCGACAUGGGCAACUUGGUCGUCGACUUUUACAAGGCGCAGGGCGUCGACGUGCCGUUCGUCACGGUCGACGAGUCGGUCGCCGGUUUGACCAAGCUCGUCGACAAUGCGACGAGGGAGACGAUGGGCGGCAAGUUUGUCCAGUACGACGGUGCCGAGUUGCCUUGGUAG